CCCUCCCCGGGCACCGCCCGCUUCCGCCGGGCCGCAACGGGCGCGCAGGCGUGGGUCGGGCCGGGCCGAGCCGAACCGAGUCGAGUCGAGCGGCUGUCGGCGGUGUCGGGCGUGGAGCAUGCUCUCUCUCCUGGCUCGGGCUGCUGCCGGGCCGCUCCGCUCGCUGGGCCGCUCGCCCUUCUCUUCCCUGGCCCCGUGGUGGCGGGCGGCAGAGGCGGCGAGGCGGGCCCCGCCGCUGUGGAGCGGGGCAGCCGUUCCCCGCGGCCUGCUGGCCGUGCCGCCGCUGCCCGGGCUUCUGCCGCCGCCGCUUUUCGCAGGGCUGAAGACGAAGACCGUGCUGAAGAGGCGGUGCAAGGACUGCUUCAUCGUCCGGCGGCGCGGCCGCUCGUACGUAUGCUGCAAGACCAACCCCCGGCACAAGCAGCGGAAGAUGUAACCCUGCGGCCGGGAGCCUCCGUUGCCGAAGGGAACGAACUCGCCUGCCGGGCCCGCGGCCCUGCUUUCGACAUCCCAGCCGCGGAGACCGCUCCCGGGCUGCCCCUUGACUUCGGGGAGCCGACAGCUGGGGGCACACGAAUCUUAAAGUGGUGCGGGUGAUAACUGCUUCAUCUUCAUCUACACCCAUGUAGAGCGAGUUAAGUUCUUGGCGGCCCUCGCUGUAACUUCAGACCAUGGAUGCUUAGAACUGAAAUGGGACGUCGUGACCUUCAGAACCUUUUGUCACUUUAGCCACAAAGCCUUACUGAGAAUCGUUUUCCUCUUAAAUUAUUAUGGGCAAAACCAAAUCACUGGGCUCUGAGAUGCAUUUGUGUUUAAUUAAAGUCAAAUGAAAAUAAAUGCUGUUGAUUGUGCAUUAUUGCAAUA